CACUACUGACAAUGCCGGUAUCUUCUCGGAAGCAACGGAAUACACUGAGCAAGAGUCACCGUUCGAGUAGCCGGUCAGCCCGCUUGAAGAGCACGAGCACGAAACUGAAGUCUAUUCUGAAGAACAAGAAUGACAGCUCAUGCAUCUGCAUCUGUAAUCCGAAAAUAAAAGAGAAUAGUCUUGUGGACACUGCGUCGAUACACCGUAGAAGGCAGAGGCGUUCCAGCGGAAGAACAUCGUCUUCGAAAAGCAUUAGUAGGAGGCGGUCGCGAUCUCACCGCAGUCACAAGCGAACCUCUCGGAAGCCAUUAAAAUCAAAGGCAAAACGAGUGACUUUUUUUCGCGGAAGCAGGAAAAAACCGGCACGACCAAGUGAUAUUUGGUGGGACAGCAAAGGGCGGCCACGGGACACAAACGGACGUUUUGUGCGAUUUCAAUCAUGAGGAAAAUGAGUACCAAACCAACUAACUAGUGAUAUACACCACAGUAAAUUGUCGGGAAAUAAAUAUUUGAG